AUGGAGAAGGGAUACAGCACGGUCACCUUCGACGGGACGCCCAGCUACGGUCACACGCCCUCGCACCACGCGGCUCAGUUCCCCAAUCACUCCUUCAAGCACGAGGACCCCAUGGGCCAGCAGGGCUCGCUGGGUGAACAGCAGUACUCCGUGCCGCCCCCAGUCUACGGCUGCCACACGCCCACCGACAGCUGCACAGGCAGCCAGGCCCUGCUGCUGAGGACGCCCUACAGCAGUGACAAUUUAUACCAAAUGACCUCCCAACUUGAAUGCAUGACCUGGAAUCAGAUGAACUUAGGAGCCACAUUAAAGGGAGUUGCUGCUGGGAGCUCCAGCUCAGUGAAAUGGACAGAAGGGCAGAGCAACCACGGCACGGGGUACGAUAGUGAUAACCACACCACUCCCAUCCUCUGUGGUGCCCAGUACAGGAUACACACCCACGGCGUCUUCAGGGGCAUUCAGGAUGUGCGGCGAGUGCCCGGAGUAGCCCCGACUCUUGUUCGGUCGGCAUCUGAGACCAGUGAGAAACGCCCCUUCAUGUGUGCUUACCCGGGCUGCAAUAAGAGAUAUUUUAAGCUGUCUCACUUACAGAUGCACAGCCGGAAGCACACUGGUGAGAAGCCAUACCAGUGUGACUUCAAGGACUGUGAGCGAAGGUUUUCUCGUUCAGACCAGCUCAAAAGACACCAAAGGAGACACACAGGUGUGAAACCAUUCCAGUGUAAAACUUGUCAGCGAAAGUUCUCCCGGUCUGACCAUCUGAAGACCCACACCAGGACUCAUACAGGUGAAAAGCCCUUCAGCUGUCGGUGGCCCAGUUGUCAGAAAAAGUUUGCCCGGUCAGACGAAUUAGUCCGCCAUCACAACAUGCACCAGAGAAACAUGAGCAAACUCCAGCUGGCGCUUUGA